AAUUUUAUCAAGCUAAGAGUUAUAUUCCACAUUUUAUAAAAAUAAAGAUAGAAAGAACAAUCAAGAGAGAAAAAAAAAAUGAAGCUUGUUGAUGUACUUCACAUGAAUGGAGGAAUGGGAGACAUUAGUUAUGCAAACAAUUCUUUGGUUCAGAGAAAGGCGAUUAUCUUGACAAAGCCAAUAAUAGAACAAGCCAUGAGUGAUCUCUACAACAACCUCUUACCAGAAACCUUAUGCAUUGCUGAUCUGGGUUGUUCCUCUGGAGCAAACACUUUCUUGGUGGUAUCAGAGCUUAUUAAAACCGUCGAGAAAGAACGAAGAAAACACGGAUUUCAUUCAUCAGACUUUCAUUUUCUCUUCAAUGAUCUUCCUAGCAAUGAUUUUAACACGAUUUUUCAGUCACUGGGGGAGUUUAAACAUAACUUGAGAAAGCAAACUGGAGAAAAAUUUGCUCCAUGUUUUUUUAGUGGAGUGCCUGGGUCAUUUUACACUCGACUUUUUCCUUCAAAUAGUUUGCAUUUUAUUCACUCCUCUUACAGUCUUCACUGGCUAUCGCAGGUUCCUGAUUUGAUUGAAAAGAACAAGGGGAAUGUUUACAUGUCAAGUACAAGUCCACCAAGUGUUAUAAAAGCAUACUACAAACAAUAUGAAAAAGAUUUUACAAAUUUUUUGAAAUAUCGUUCUGAAGAAUUGAUGAAAGGUGGGAAAAUGGUAUUAACAUUUUUAGGAAGAGAAAGUGAGGAUCCUUCUAGCAAAGAUGGUGGCUAUAUUUGGGAGCUUUUAUCAAUGGCCCUUAAUGAGUUCGUUGUUGAGGGAUUAAUAGAAGAAGAGAAAGUGGAUUCAUUCAACAUCCCUAAUUAUACAUCAUCACCAGCAGAAGUGAAGUAUAUAGUUGAGAAAGAAGGUUCAUUCACCAUUAAUAGAUUGGAAACUACAAGAGUCCAUUGGAAUUAUGCUUCUAAUAAUAAUGACAUUAUUAAUGGUGGUUACAAUUUGUCAAGGUGCAUGAGAGCUGUGGCUGAACCUUUACUUAUAAGCCAAUUUGGUACAAAAUUGAUGGAUUUAGUGUUCCAAAAAUAUGAAAAAAUUAUUACAGAUUGCAUGGCUAAAGAGGAAACUGAGUUUAUAAAUGUUACUGUUUCAUUGACCAAGAAAAAAUAAGGGCAUCGAUCUAUUGUACUCAGAGACGGAUUCAGAAUUAGUUCAGUGAAACCAUCAAGUCAAGUUAUAUAUACGUACAAUAAAGUUAUUAUCAUGAAUUUUGUAAUUUUUAAAUUCUGCAUUCGCCUCUCAUGGCGACCAAUUUAUGUUGUUUUGUGGACUAGUGGUGCUUUAAGAUUUUGUCUCUAAAAAAGUUAUGUACUAAAGAGAAUGUGUCAUGCCUUUAUUAUUAUUAAUUCAGGGGAGAAAAGAUUAUUGUGUUGCCUUUA